UUUUUUCUUUCCUCCUCCCGGGCUGAAAAAAAAAAUUAAGGGGGAAAAAAAAAAUAAAUAAAAAUCACCAGCCUGACCCGCUUCCCCCUCACCUCCCCCCUCCUCCUUCCUUUCUCCUCUUCAUCCAGCCGAGCCGAGGACUAUCCCAAUCGCCGAGGGGAAGGAAAAAAGGGGAAAAAACCCAACAGCGGCAACCAGCAGACCCCCAGCACGCCCCAUUCCUGCCGCUGCCCUUUGACAUGCAACCUUCCUUGGGAUGGGACCAGCCGGGAUGCAGCUGCAGCUUCGGGAGGCACUGGUGGAAACUGGGCAUGGUGGCUCUGCUGACGGCGGAGGGCAGCGCCUGGAGCCGGGCACUGCUGCUCUCGCUGGGGCUGCUGGCAGGAUCGGCCAUGGCCCAGAACUGCAGUCACACAUUGCAGGGCCCAAACGGGACAAUACAGAGCCCAGGCUUUCCCUAUGGAUACCCCAAUUAUGCAAACUGCACGUGGACAAUCACUGCUGAGGAGCAGAACAGGAUACAGCUUGUUUUCCACUCCUUUGCAUUAGAGGAAGAUUUUGAUGUAUUAUCCAUCUACGACGGGCUGCCUCAGCAGGGGAAUCUGAGAACGAGGCUGACAGGAUUCCAGCUGCCUGCUCCCAUCGUCAGCACAGGCCUGGUGCUGUCCCUGUGGCUCGUCAGUGACUACGCCGUCAGUGCCCAAGGCUUCCAGGCCAGCUAUGAGGCCCUGCCCAGCCACACGUGCGGGAACCCGGGGCGGCUGCGGAACGGGGUCCAGCAAGGAACCACCUUCAACAUCGGGGACAGGGUCAGGUACAGCUGCAACCCUGGAUUCUUCCUGGAGGGCCACGCCCUGCUCACCUGCCAGGCCAGCUCAGGACAAGGAGCCUCCUGGGAUUUCCCUCUCCCCGUCUGCAGAGCCGACGACGCCUGCGGAGGGACCCUGCGGGGCCAGAGCGGGAUCAUCUCCAGCCCUCACUUCCCCCUGGAGUAUGGCAACAAUGCAGACUGCACCUGGACCAUCCUGGCCGAGCCUGGGGACACCAUCGCCCUGGUGUUCAUGGAUUUUCAGCUGGAGGAUGGAUAUGAUGUUCUGGAAGUCGCUGGCACGGAGGGAUCCUCGCUCUGGUUCACUGGGAUGAAUUUGCCUGCCCCUGUGAUCAGCAGUAAAAAUUGGCUGCGGCUGCACUUCACCUCCGAUGGCAACCACAGGCAGAAGGGCUUCAGUGCCCAGUACCAAGUCAAGAAGCAGAUGGAGCUGAAGUCCAGAGGGGUGAAGCUCAUGCCCAGCAAGGACAACAACCAGAAGACAUCUGUGUUAACUCAGGUUGGUGUGUCCCAGGGACAUAAUUUGUGUCCAGACCCUGGGAUUCCCGAGAGAGGCAAAAGGAUAGGCAACGAUUUUAGGCUGGGCUCCAGCAUCCAGUUCUCCUGCAACGAGGGCUACGACCUGCAGGGCUCCAAGAGCAUCACCUGCAAGAGAGUCAGCGACAUCAUCGUGGCCUGGAGCGACCACCGGCCCGUCUGCAGAGCCAGGAUGUGUGACACGUACCUGCGCGGGCCCAGCGGGGUCAUCACGUCGCCCAACUACCCCGUGCAGUACGACAACAACGCCUACUGCGUGUGGGUCAUCACCGCCCUCAACCCCGCCAAGGUGAUCAAACUCACCUUCGAGGAAUUCGAGCUGGAGAGAGGCUACGACACACUGACAGUGGGGGAUGGAGGCCAGGUCGGAGACCAGAAAUCUGUGCUUUACGUCCUGACGGGCACCACAGUCCCUGACCUUAUCGUCAGCACCCAGCACCAGAUGUGGCUCCUCUUCCAGACCGACAGUGUCAGCAACCUGCUGGGCUUCAAAGCCACCUACGAAGAGAUCGACCAGGGCAGCUGUGGCGAUCCCGGCGUUCCCGCCUUCGGCCGCAGGGACGGCUCCGGCUUCCGCCACGGGGACACCCUGCACUUCGAGUGCCAGCCCGCCUUCGAGCUGAAGGGCCACAGGAGCAUCACCUGCCAAAAGAGCAGCCAGUGGUCUGCUCAGAAACCUGUGUGUGUUUUCUCCUGCUUCUUCAACUUCACCAGCCCGUCGGGCAUCGUGCUGUCCCCCAACUACCCCGAGGAGUACGGGAGCAGCCUGCACUGCGUGUGGCUCAUCAUUGCCAACCCCGAGAGCCGCAUCCACCUGGCCUUCAACGACUUCGACGUGGAGCCCCAGUUCGACUUCCUGGCCGUCAAGGACGGCGGCACGGCGGAGUCGCCCGUGCUGGGCACCUUCUCAGGGAGCCACAUCCCCUCCUCGCUGACCAGCAGCGGCCACGUGGCCAGGCUGGAGUUCCAGACUGACCACUCCAUGGAGAAGAGAGGAUUCAACAUCACCUUCACCACGUUCCGGCACAACGAGUGCCCGGACCCCGGCGUGCCGGUGAACGGGAAGCGCUUUGGGGACAGCCUGCAGCUGGGCAGCUCCGUGUCCUUCCUGUGUGACGAGGGCUUCAUCCGCACCCACGGCGCCGAGAGCGUCACCUGCGUCCUGCAGGAGGGCAACGUGGUGUGGGACAACGCCGUGCUGCGCUGCGAAGCACCCUGUGGGGGCCACCUGACGUCACCCAGUGGAACCAUCCUGUCCCCAGGCUGGCCUGGCUUCUACAAGGACUCGCUCAGCUGUGCCUGGGUCAUCGAGGCCCAGCCUGGCUACCCCAUCAAGAUCACCUUUGACAGGUUCAAGACAGAGGUGAAUUAUGACACCCUGGAGGUGAGGGACGGCCGCUCCUACUCCUCUCCCCUGAUUGGGGUCUAUGAUGGCACCCAGGUGCCCCAGUUCCUGAUCAGCACCAGCAACCACCUCUACCUCCUGUUCACCACGGACAAGAGCCACUCCGACAUCGGCUUCCAGAUCCGAUACGAAACUGUGAAGCUGCAGUCUGAUCACUGCCUGGACCCGGGCAUCCCGGUGAACGGGCAGCGCCACGGCAACGAUUUCUACGUGGGAGCCCUGGUGACAUUCAGCUGUGACCCUGGCUACACCCUGAGUGACAGCGAGGCCCUGGAGUGCGAGCCCAACUUCCAGUGGAGCCGGCCCCUGCCCAGCUGUGAGGCUCUCUGUGGGGGCUACAUCCGUGGCUCCAGUGGCACCAUCCUCUCCCCAGGCUUCCCUGAUUUUUAUCCCAACAACUUGAACUGCACGUGGACGAUAGAAACAUCCCAUGGGAAAGGUGUGUUCUUCACCUUCCACACGUUCCACCUGGAGAACGGGCACGAUUACCUGCUGAUCACAGAGAACUCCAGCUUUGCCCAGCCCCUGAAGCAGCUGACGGGCUCGCGGCUGCCGGCGCCGCUCAGCGCGGGGCUCUUCGGCAACUUCUCGGCCCAGAUCCGCUUCAUCUCCGACUUCUCCAUGUCCUACGAGGGCUUCAACAUCACCUUCUCAGAAUACGACCUGGAGCCGUGUGACGAGCCAGAGGUGCCAGCCUACAGCAUCAGGAAGGGGCUGCAGUUCGGCGUGGGGGACGUGCUGAGCUUCUCGUGCUUCCCGGGGUACCGGCUGGAGGGAGCGGCCCGGAUCACCUGCCUGGGCGGGAGGCGGCGUGUGUGGAGCUCCCCUCUGCCAAGGUGUGUUGCUGAGUGUGGCUCGUCUGUGACGGGAACCCAGGGCGUGCUGCUGUCCCCCAACUACCCCCUGAACUACAACAACAACCACGAGUGCAUCUACUCCAUCCAGAGCCAGCCUGGCAAGGGCAUCCAGCUGAAAGCCAGGACCUUCGAGCUGGAGGCUGGAGAUGUCCUCAAGGUCUACGAUGGCACCAACAGCUCUGCCCGGCUGCUGGGCACCUUCAGCCACUCGGAGCUGCUGGGCACCAGCAUCAACAGCACCUCCAGCUCCAUGUGGCUGGAGUUCAUCACUGACGCUGCCAACACCAGCAAAGGCUUCGAGCUGCAGUUCUCCAGUUUUGAGCUCAUCAAGUGCGAGGACCCCGGCGUGCCCCAGUUUGGGUACAAGGUGCACGACGAGGGACACUUUGCUGGCAGCUCGGUGUCCUUCAGCUGUGACCCUGGCUACACCCUGAGAGGCACCAGGGUGCUGGUGUGCCUGACAGGGGAGAGGAGAGCCUGGGACCAGCCCCUGCCGACCUGCGUGGCUGAGUGUGGAGGGACAAUCAGAGGAGAGGCCUCGGGACGGAUCCUUUCUCCAGGAUAUCCAACCCCCUAUGACCACAACCUCAACUGCAUCUGGACCAUCGAGGCAGAGCCUGGAUGCACCAUUGGGCUCCAUUUCAUGGUUUUCCACACCGAGGAGUUCCACGACGUGCUGCGGAUCUGGGACGGGCCGGUGGAGAACGGGAUCCUGCUGAAGGAGAUGAGCGGCUCGGGGCUGCCUGGGGACAUCCACAGCACCUUCAACUCCGUCAUCCUGCAGUUCAACACCGACUUCUUCACCAGCAAACAGGGCUUUGCCAUCCAGUUCUCAGUGUCCACAGCCACCUCGUGCAACGACCCAGGGAUCCCCCAGAACGGGAGCCGGAGCGGGGACAGCAGAGAGGCCGGGGACUCCAUCACCUUCCAGUGCAACCCCGGCUACGCCCUGCAAGGGGAGGCCCAGAUCACCUGUGUGCAGAUCCAGAACAGGUUCUUCUGGCAGCCAGACCCCCCCACCUGCACAGCUCCCUGUGGCGGGAUCCUGACGGGCCCGGCUGGGGUGAUCCUGUCCCCGCAGUACCCGGAGCCAUAUCCCCCAGGGAAGGAGUGUGACUGGAAGCUGACAGUGUCCCCUGACUAUGUCAUUGCCCUGGUGUUCAACGUCUUCAGCCUGGAGCCUGGCUACGAUUUCCUGCACAUCUAUGACGGGCCUGACUCCCUGAGCCCCCUGAUUGGGAGUUUUUAUGGCUCCCAGCUGCCAGAGAGGAUCGAGAGCAGCAGCAACAGCCUUUUCCUGGCGUUCCGGAGCGACGCCUCCGUCAGCAACGCCGGCUUCGUCAUCGAGUACACCGAGAACCCCCGGGAGUCCUGCUUUGACCCGGGCUCCAUCAAGAAUGGCACCAGGGUGGGCACAGACCUGAAGCUGGGCUCCACCAUCACUUUCUACUGUGAUGGGGGCUACGACAUUGAGGGGGGCCCCACCCUCACCUGUGUCAUGGGAGGGGAUGGGAAACCCACCUGGAACAAGCCUCGCCCCACCUGUACAGCUCCCUGUGGAGGGCAGUACACAGGCUCAGAUGGAGUGGUCCUGUCCCCAAAUUAUCCCCAAAACUACACCAGUGGCCAGGUGUGCCUGUACUCCAUCGUCGUGCCCAAGGAUUAUGUGCUCUUCGGGCAGUUUGCCUUUUUCCAGACGGCGCUCAAUGACGUGCUGGAGGUGCACGAUGGCCCCACGGAGCACUCUCGGCUGCUCAGCUCCCUCUCAGGCUCUCACUCAGGGGAAUCUUUGCCUUUGGCCACCACCAACGAGAUCCUCAUCAAAUUCAGCUCCAAGGGUCAAUCCACAGCCAAAGGCUUUCAUUUUGUCUACCAAGCCGUGCCGCGCACCAGCGCCACGCAGUGCAGCUCGGUGCCGGAGCCGCGGCACGGCCGGCGCCUGGGCAGCGACUUCGCCGUGGGCGCCGUGGUGCGCUUCGAGUGCAGCCCCGGCUACGGCCUGCGCGGCUCCCCUGCCAUCCAGUGCCUGGCCAUGCCCGGGGCCCUGGCCCAGUGGAACUCCUCCGUCCCCACCUGCGUGGUGCCCUGCGGGGGGAACCUGACAGAGAGGAAAGGAACCAUCCUGUCCCCAGGCUUCCCUGAGCCCUACCUGAACAGCCUCAACUGCGUGUGGAAGAUCUCGGUGCCCGAGGGAGCAGGGAUUCAGAUCCAGGUGAUCAGUUUUGUCACAGAGCAGAACUGGGAUUCCCUGGAAGUGUUUGAUGGAGGAGACAACACAGCCACCAUGCUGGGGAGCUUCUCUGGAACCACGGUGCCUGCGCUGCUCAACAGCACUUCAAACCAGCUCUAUCUGCAUUUCUAUUCCGACAUCAGCGUCUCUGCUGCCGGCUUUCACCUGGAAUACAAAACCGUGGGCCUCUCCAGCUGCCCGGAGCCGGCGGUUCCUGGGAAUGGGCUGAAGAUCGGUGAGCGCUACCUGGUGAACGACGUGGUGUCCUUCCAGUGCGAGCCCGGCUACGCCCUGCAGGGCCACUCCCACAUCUCCUGCAUGCCGGGCACGGUGCGCCGCUGGAAUUACCCUCCACCCCUCUGCAUCGCCCAGUGUGGAGGAACGGCAGAAGAGAUGGAAGGAGUGCUCCUGAGCCCAGGAUUCCCAGGAAAUUACCCCAGCAACCUGGACUGCACGUGGAGGAUCCUGCUGCCAGUGGGGUUUGGUGCCCACAUCCAGUUCCUGAACUUCUCCACGGAGCCCAACCACGACUUUGUGGAGAUCAGGAACGGGCCCUACGACACCAGCAGCGUCAUCGGGCGCUUCAGCGGCGCCGAGCUGCCGGGCUCCCUGCUGUCCACCUCCCACGAAACCACCGUCUACUUCCACAGCGACCACUCCCAGAACAAACCCGGCUUCAAGCUGGAGUACCAAGCCUACGAACUGCAGGAGUGCCCCGACCCGGAGCCUUUUGCCAACGGGGUGGUGAGAGGAGCUGGCUACAACGUUGGCCAGUCCAUCUCCUUCGAGUGCCUGCCUGGCUACCAGUCUUCGGGCACCCCCGUGCUCACCUGCCAGCACGGCACCAACAGGAACUGGGACCACCCCCUGCCCAGGUGUGAAGUGCCUUGUGGGUGCAAUGUCACUGCCCAGAAUGGGACAGUUUACUCUCCUGGCUUCCCCAACCAGUACCCAAUCCAGGAUUGCACCUGGCUGCUGACAGUGCCUGUGGGAUAUGGGAUCCACCUGAACUUCACCCUGCUGCAGACAGAGCCCUACAACGACUUCAUCACUGUCUGGGACGGGCCCCAGCAAACAGCCCCCCAGCUGGGGGUGUUCACAGGCAACUCAGCCAAGAAAUCUGCCCAGAGCUCCUCCAACCAGGUCCUGCUGAAAUUCCACAGCGACGGCGCCAACGGAGGCAUCUUCGCCAUCUACUUCUAUGCCUUCCAGCUGUUCCGCUGCCAGCCUCCCACCAUCGUUCCCAACGCCGAGAUCGUCACGGAGAACGAGGAGUUCAACAUUGGUGACAUCGUCAGGUACCGGUGCCUUCCUGGCUUCACCCUGAUUGGGAAUGAAAUCCUCACCUGCAAACUGGGCACCCACCUGCAGUUUGAGGGACCCCCACCCACCUGUGAAGUGCACUGCCCCAUGAACCAGCUGAUGACGGAUUCCACCGGGGUGAUCCUGAGCCAGAGCUUCCUGGGAAGUUACCCCCACUUCCAGACCUGCUCCUGGGUGGUGAAGGUGGAGCCAGGCUACAACAUCUCCCUCACCAUCGAGUACUUCCUCAGCGAGAAGCAGUUUGAUGAGUUUGAAAUCUUUGAUGGUCCCUCUGGGCAGAGCCCCCUGCUGCUGUCCCUGAGUGGGAAUUACUCGUCCCCUCUGACCGUCACCAGCAGCGGGAACAGCGUCUUCCUGCGCUGGUCCUCCGACCAUGCCUACAACAGGAAAGGCUUCAAAAUCCGCUACUCUGCUCCCUACUGCAGCCUCCCACAGCCUCCAGCCCACGGGAUGAUCCUGAGCCACUCCGGGCUGCGCCCCGGCAGCUCCGUGCGCUUCGGCUGCGACGCCGGCUACCGCCUGGUGGGACACAGCACCACCACCUGCAGCCAGCACCCCCAGGGCCACUUCCACUGGAGGGAGGCCAUCCCCCUGUGCCAAGCUCUGUCCUGUGGAGUUCCCAGAGCCCCAAGGAACGGGGUUGUCUUUGGGAAGGAGUACACAGUGGGCACCAAGGCCGUGUACCAGUGCAACCAGGGCUUCCAGCUGCAGCCGGGCGCCGAGCCCAGCGCCGAGUGCCUGCAGGAGGGAGUGUGGAGCAACGGGAACCAGCCCCCCCUGUGCCUGGCCGUGACGUGCCCCGACGUGAGCAGCAUCGCGGUGGAGCACGGCCGCUGGCGCCUCACCUACGAGGUGCAGUACCACUACAACGCCCAGCUGAUGCUCAUCUGUGACCCUGGCUACUACUACACGGGCCAGAGGGUGAUCCGCUGCCAGGCCAACGGCACCUGGAGCAUCGGGGAGCCCGUGCCCACCUGUAAAAUUAUCUCCUGUGGGGACCUGCCCACCCCUCCCAACGGGAACAAGAUCGGGACCCUCACCAGCUACGGGGCCACUGCCAUCUUCUCCUGCAACACUGGCUACACCCUGGUGGGCUCCCGGGUCCGGGAGUGCAUGGCCAACGGGCUCUGGAGCGGGGCUGAGGUCCGCUGCCUGGCCGGGCACUGCGGCGUGCCCAGCCCCAUUGUGAACGGGCAGAUCAACGGGGAGAACUACAACUACCGUGGCAGCGUGGUGUACCAGUGCCAGCCCGGCUUCCGCCUCAUCGGCAUGUCCGUGCGCAUCUGCCAGCAGGACCACCGCUGGUCCGGCAAGACGCCUGUCUGUGUGCCCAUCACCUGUGGCCACCCUGGCAACCCCCCCAACGGCCUCACCCAGGGCUCCCAGUUCAACCUGAACGACGUGGCCAAAUUCCAGUGCAACCCCGGCUUCCGCCUGGAGGGAGCUUCCCAAUCCCAGUGCCUGGCCAACGGCCAGUGGAGCAGCACCCUGCCCUCCUGCCGAGUUGUGAACUGUUCUGACCCCGGGCACCUGGAAAACAGCGUCCGGCAAGUGCAGCCGAGCGGCCCCCACAGGUUCAGCUUCGGCACCACCGUGUCCUAUCAGUGCAUCCACGGAUUUUAUUUGUUGGGAACGCACGUCCUGACGUGCCAGGGCGAUGGCACCUGGGACAGAGCCCUCCCCCAGUGCCUUUUGGUGUCGUGUGGCCACCCCGGGUCCCCUCCCCACGCGCAGAUCUCGGGGGACAAGCACACGGUGGGCUCGGUGGUCAGGUACAGCUGCCUGGGCAGGCGCACGCUGGUGGGCAACGCCACGCGGAUGUGCCAGCUGGACGGGCGCUGGAGCGGCUCCCUGCCACACUGCUCGGGGGGCAGCCAGGGCGUGUGCGGCGACCCCGGGAUACCUUCGCACGGGAUCGGGCUGGGGGACGCCUUCGACGUGGGCAGCGUGGUGAGGUUCAGCUGCGAGCCCGGCUACUCCCUGCGGGGCUCCUCCGAGAGGACCUGCCACGCCAACGGCUCCUGGAGCGGCACGCAGCCCGAGUGUGAAGUGAUUUCCUGCGGGAACCCCGGGACCCCCAGCAAUGCCAGGGUGAUCUUCAACGACGGCCUGGUGUUCUCCAGCUCCAUCAUCUACCAGUGCAGGGAGGGUUAUUACUCCACAGGGGUGCUGAGCAGGCACUGCACCGUCAAUGGCACCUGGACUGGGACCAGCCCCGAGUGCACUGUGAUCAACUGUGGAGACCCCGGCGUGCCGGCCAACGGGCUGAGGCUGGGCAGUGACUUCACCUACAACAAAUCCGUGGUGUUCCAGUGCACUCCUGGCUUCAUGAUGGAGUCAGACCGAGCAGCUGCCCUCACCUGCACCAAAGACCGCACCUGGAACGGCACCAAACCCGUCUGCAAGGCCAUCACCUGCAGAGCUCCGCAGGCCAUUCCCAACGGGAAGGUGGUGGGAUCAGAUUUCAGCUGGGGUUCCAGCAUCAGCUACGCCUGCCUGGAGGGCUACCAGCUGUCCCUGCCCGCCGUGCUCACCUGCGAGGGCAACGGCUCCUGGAGCGGGGAGAUCCCCCAGUGCUUCCCCGUGUUCUGUGGGGACCCGGGGACCCCAGCCCAGGGCAGGAGGGAGGACCGAGGCUUCACCUACCGCUCGUCCGUGUCCUUCUCCUGCCUGGCCCCGCUGGUGCUCGUGGGGUCGGCGCGGAGGUUCUGCCAGUCCGACGGCACCUGGAGCGGGACCCAGCCCAGCUGCAUCGAUCCCAGCCUCACGACGUGUGCAGAUCCUGGGGUGCCUCUUUUUGGGAUGCAGAACAAUUCCCAGGGGUACCAGGUGGGAAGCAUCCUGUUCUUCAGGUGCCAGAAGGGAUAUCUGCUGCAGGGCUCCACCACCAGGACCUGCCUGCCCAACCUGACCUGGAGCGGCGUCCAGCCCGACUGCGUCCCCCACCACUGCAAGCAGCCUGAGACCCCAUCCCACGCCAACGUGGGUGCCCUGGACCUGCCCUCCCUGGGCUACACCUUGAUCUACUCCUGCCAGAGCGGCUUCUACCUCACCGGGGGCUCCGAGCACCGCACCUGCAAAGCCGACGGCAGCUGGACAGGGAAACCCCCCAUCUGCCUGGCCGACGUCCGGCCCAGCGGGAGGCCCGUGGGCACCGCGCGGGAGCCGCCGCUCGCCAAGGCCUCAGUGCCUGCGGAUGUGUUUGCAAGGAAUUCCCUGUGGAAAGGCUCCUACGAGUACAUGGGGAAGAAGCAGCCAGCCAUGCUCUCUGUCACCAGCUUUGACCCUGCCACCAGCAAGGUCAACGCCACCUUGAUCGACCACAGCGGGGUGGAGCUCCAGGUGUCGGGGAUUUACAAGAAGGAAGACGUGCACCUGCUGCUCCAGGUGUACCAGAUCAUGGGGCCACUGGAGAUCUUUGCCAACAAGUUCAGGAAUGACAAAUGGGCUCUGGAUGGACACGUCUCAUCGGAGUCCUCGAGUGGCACCUUCGUGUACCAGGGCUUUGUGCGUGGCAAAGGCUUCGGGCAGUUUGGCCUGCAGAGACUUGACAUCAGCAUGAUGGAAAACGACCCCGAAUCCAUAGGCCACCACUUUGCAUCCAACAGCAGCUCCGUGGCAGCCGCCAUCCUUGUGCCUUUCAUCGCCCUGAUUAUUGCAGGGUUUGUGCUUUAUCUCUACAAACACAGGAGGAGACCCAAAGUCCCGUUCAACGGCUACGCCGGCCACGAGAACACCAACGUGAGGGGCACCUUCGAGAACCCCAUGUACGACAGGAACCUGCAGCCCUCAGACAUCAUGGCUGGCGAGGCCGAGUUCACAGUGAGCACGGUGUGCACGGCCGUAUAGCGCUGUCCCCGCACGGUUCCCGUGGCCGGUGUCCAGUGUGGAGACUGUCCCACCUCACCAUCCAUCCAUCCCCCCCCUCUCCUGCUCCCGCCCCUGCCGAGGCUGCGGGGAAGCUGCUGCACCUCCCUGGAAUUCCCCAGGGGCUGCUGGAUCCACCUCCUCCAUCCUGCUGGAUCUCCAAGCCAAAGGUUCUGCUCCAGCCCCGCUCCCACACCUCGGGAAGGCCUGGUGGUGGGAAGGCUUUCCCGAGCUGCUCCUGGAAGGAGCUUCCCAAACUUUGGGAAGAGCUUGGGCGACAAAGAGGUUGUGCACAAGGUGCUGGAUUCGUGGAAAACACCUGGAUGGGACAGGAUGAGGAUUUGUGUGUCUGGGUUUGGUUUUCUGGGUUGGUUUUUGGAUUUUCUACCCCAGGGCUUGGGCGGAGGAAGGGUUUUCAAUUGGGAGCUUUCCAAACUUUGGGAAGCUUUUCCCCUCUUCCCUAUGUUUGGUUUUCCUUUGGGCAUUCCUGGCUGGAUUUACAGAAAACACCUGGAUGGGACAAGAUGAGGAUUUGGGGUUUCUGUAUUUGGGUUUCUGGGUUAUUUCUGUGUUGGAUUUUCUACCCCAGAAAGAGUUUUCCAAAUGGGACCUUCCCAAAGCUUGGGAAAAGCUUCCCAAGGUUUUUCCCCUCUUCCCUGUGUUUGAUUUUCCUUAGGGCAUUCCUGGCUGGGUUUUUCCUGCCCCAUGUUCCCCCUGAUUUGAGCUGGGCCCAAAUUCCUGAUCAGGAAUUCACUGCCAGAUGAUUCCUGAAGGGACAGGAAUAUCCAAAGGGACAAAAAUCCUCUCUGAAAAGAGCUCAACACUAAUUCCCCCAAAAGCUUCCCAAAUCCUUUGCCCUUUCCAUACUGAUCCUCCAAAGGUCAGUGCCAGAGGAGUUUUAAUUACCAUCCUGAGCUGCAUCCUUUAUUUCCCAGGGGCACCGAGGUUUCCUGGGAUUUUGUGGGAGCAGGGAAGGCUCUGGAUCCUUUUUAGGAUCAGGGGGGCAAAAGUGCCAUUCCCAGGUCACUGAGUCCAGGAGGCUCCAAGGAAAAUCAGGAUGAACCCUUUGGAAUGGGGUUUUCCAUCCAUGCUCCCAUUCCAGCAUGGAUCUUCUCCUCCCUGAAGCUCUGCCUGCUGAAAACCAUGGGAUAAUUUGGGAAUUUUUGUUGGUUUAUCCUUGAUUUUCUGGGUGUAAAUACAUCAGUAUUUUAUUUUUGUUACUCCUGCCUCUCCUACAGGGAGCAGAAUUCCCAGCCUGCCAAAAAAUGCCACCUGUGCUCCCAAAAAUGCCACUUCUGCUCCCAAAAAUGCCACCAAGGUGCCCUGAUUUCUCCCUGAGAAGUGGGAGCCGGAGCCUGAGCCCCGAUCCAGCGUGGGCAGGGGCCAGGGGAAUGUUCCCACAUGGAUUUGGGGAGGAUCCCACGGUGAAAUUCCAUGGGCAGAUGGAUUGGGGUGGUGUCAAUCCCAGCAGGACUCCAAGGGAACAUUCCCCUCUUCCCUUGGAUCCCACCCUGCCUCCAGCCGGGCUCUCCUGGCUCGUCCCUGAUCUUUUCCAAGCUGAGUUAUCCCUAAAAACUCCACAGCCCAACCCAAACCCUUGCCUUACCAUGUCCCCAUCCCAAAUCCAGGGCCCAAAAUUCCAACAAUCCUGGAAUUCCAACAAAUCUGGAAGCAGAGCUUGGAUCUUUCCACGUUCUUGUCCAAACUCCAGGGAAUCCUCCCCUGGCUGCUCCAGGUGAUGCACGUUGGCUUCCCACACUUGGCUCCUGUUCAUUCCAUGGAAAAAUCAGGAGAAAUUCUCAUUCCGUGGAAAAAACAGGAGAAACCCAUGUCCAGGAGUGCAAAAUAAAUCCAAAAUAUUUAAAACCACCCAGCAAGGAGAAGAGGGAGCACGACUUUAAUGGAAUUUGCUGCUUUGGAUCCAUGAAUUCCCUUUUCCUGCUGUUGCCCAGGGAGCCAAGGAAGUGGGAAAAGGGUUUAUCCCAUUUUUUUGCGAGCUGGCUGGGAUCUGCUCCAUGCCAUUCUCCAUCCUUGUGCCCAGAGGACUUGCAUAUGGUAAAAUAAAUAUGGAAAAAAGGGAAAAAAAUGAAAAUAAAAGAGAAAAAAAUGAAGAAAAAAAGGGGAAAAAAAGAAGAAAAAAAGGGAAAAAAUGAGAAAAAUUAUAAAAAACACAAAAAAAGCUCAAAUCCCUCUUUUGUACAGAGAUAUAUUUUUAUUAAUUAAAAGUUUGUACAGCUAAAAAAUAAAUAAAAAAAACAAAAUGUAAUUUUUUUUCAUUAUCGUAGGGAAAAACAAAAACAAAAAAAAGUAGUGGAAAAAAAAAUCAGCUUUUUUUUUGUAAAUGUAAUAAAGUGUAUAAAUGGUUUCCAUAAAAAUGUACAUAUGGAAUCUCUCCAUGCCCCUGGCUUGUCUGCAGAAUUCCCAGUUAAUUUAUCUGUCUCUGUAUAUGAGGCUUUUCCGUGUGUUCCCGGCGUUCCCUGCGGAAUUUCAAAGCUAUUUUCGAUUUUGGACUUCCGAAUAAUAAAAAAUCUCGAUUUUUGCAUUGCUUUUUCU